AUGGCUACCCACGAGCAACUGGAGUCGACCUCCUCGCGCCCCGUCCUCGACCCCACCCUCACGAUGCAAGACGAAUCCUCGAAAGACGUUGCGCCCUCUGCCGCCUUUAAGAGAAAAUCCGACGAAGCAAACAUCACUGCAGACACAAUCCACAUCGGGACACGAAAAUCUGCACUUGCGGUAAUCCAAGCGGAGAUGGUGUUGGCAGAAUUGAAAAAGGCGCAUCCAGAGACGCAGUACGAGAUCCACGCCAUGAGCACGAUGGGAGACAAGAACCAGGUCACUGCUUUGCAUGAAUUUGGCGCGAAGAGUCUGUGGACGCAUGAGCUGGAGGCGCAGCUGUUGGAGGGCAAGCUGGAUCUGAUUGUUCACUGUUUGAAGGAUAUGCCGACGCAGUUGCCGCCUAAGUGUACGAUUGGGUGUAUUAUGGAACGAGAGGAUCCAAGGGAUUGUGUGAUUAUGAAGAAGGGAUUGGAGUACAAGACUCUUUUGGAGUUACCAGAGGGUUCAGUCGUGGGUACGAGUAGUGUGAGACGCAGUGCGCAGGUCAAGAGGAAAUAUCCACAUCUGAAGUUUAAGGAUGUCCGGGGUAAUGUGGGAACGAGGUUGAAUAAGCUUGAUGCUGCGGAUGGAGAGUAUACUUGUUUGAUAUUGGCAGCUGCUGGUAUCAUCAGAAUGAAUUGGAAGGACCGGAUCACGCAGUACCUGGAUUCGAAGACAGUGGGUGGAGGACUGUUACAUGCUGUUGGUCAGGGUGCUCUUGCCAUUGAGAUCCGAGAAGGAGAUGAGAAGACUCUCAAUGUUCUGGCGGAGCUGAUCAACGAGGACUCGACGUUUGCAGGCACCGCAGAACGAAGUUUGAUGCGCACUUUGGAGGGAGGAUGCAGUGUGCCGAUAGGUGUUGAGACGACCUGGAUUGAGAAGGGAAAGCUCUUGAUGAAGGCUAUUGUGGUCAGUCUCGAUGGAACGGAAAGCGUCGAGGCCGAGAGAUUAGGAGAAGUUCUCAACGUCAGGGACGCAGAUGAGUUUGGUUGGGAGCUUGCCCAGGAUUUGGUCAAGAAAGGAGCAGCCAAGAUUCUGGAAGCUAUCAACCUCAAUCGUCCAGUCAUUGCUGAAGGCGGUGGAGCAUAG